AUGUGCCAAAAGCCAGAACAAACCAUUGACGAAUUUGUAACUGAGCUAAAACUGCAGGCUCAGAAAUGCGACUACGGAGCUCAAGAAAACAGGCUCAUUGGUGAUCGUAUCAUCAUUGGGAUACGAGACGUGGCUUUGCGCGAACGGUUGCUUCGUGAACCGAGUCUUACCCUAGACAAAAUCAUUUCAACCUGUAAAGCAGCUGAAAUCUCAAAAAAACACAUGAAUGAUAUUCAGAAAACUGAAGACGAAGUUAGAGUUGAUGGACUCUAUCGUCAGCCAUCUAGCUUCAGAGCAGCGCAACGAAGUUACCGACUAUCCGGACCACAAAAAGACCAAUCCAGCAACCGACAGCAAAUUUCAUGUUCGAGAUGUGGUACUUACCAUCAACCCCGAAACUGCCCAGCUUACGGAAAGCACUGCCUUUCGUGUGGAAAUUAUGGACAUUUUUUCCGAAUGUGCAGCCAGACACAGCAGAAAACCUACGGAUAUCGACGUGUUUCUGCAGUAGAAGAAACUUCCAACUCAUCCCUGAACAAUGACCGCAAUGAAACGAUCCAUUUGGGAGGCAUAACAAUUGGGCCUCUUCCAUCAACCAAAGCAACCAAGUUUGCGCAAACUGGGACAGAGCUGGAGAGGCGGUCAAAGAAAAAAAAGGGCAUGCUGGCAUCUCGCCCCGAAGAGGGACAAGGCCUGAUUUCAGAGUUGGUGUUGGCAACGGCAGAAAUGCAGCGAAUGUCUUUGGAGCACGACAGAAAUAUCGAAGCGAGCUUUGGCCGUGAGCAGGCCCUUCAACGCGAGUGCAAGGCAGCUUCGGCUCUCCUGGGGAAGAUGCAAGCGCAGCAAGCAGAAUUUUCUCAUGCCAAGUAUCAGGAGUCUGAAGCAUUGAAAGCCCAGUUAGUUUCUCUAAGUGGGGAUUUGUCAAAGCAGCUGGAGCUUGUAGAUGCCAAGGUGGAGGAAGCGAACACCCUGAAGGAGAAGUUUGAAGCAUCUCAGCUUGAGCUCGAACGGUUUUCUGCCGAGUACUGCAUCUUGCAGGAUGUCCUUCUUCAAGACUGUGGCGAGGACCUGCCGCUAGUUCAGAAUGAUUCCGAACAACGAGAGUUCAGUGCCUUUCAGUACCUCAAGAAGCUGCUAGACAUCGCAAAACGCAAGAGAGAGGCCCUGGAAAACCAGCUUGCUAAAAAAGAGGAGCAGUUCAAUAUACUUCAGCAAAACUAUCAGUACUUAAAGGACCGGUACCAGUGGCCGUUAGAAGAUCUCGGGGCAUUCGUCCGGAGCAUCAUCGAAGCAUUUGUCCGGAGCAUCAUCGAGCGCACCAACCAGUCGUCAGAAGCUGCAGUGUCUCUUGAAGCAAGUCAGCUGGAAGACUUGAACCGUAUGCUGGCAGUGCUUCAGGAACGGGUCACAUCCUUGACAGUUAGGAACGAGCUCCUCGCUCAAGAAACGGAAGCAGACGGAAGCUCCUUUACCGAGAAGGCAGAAACAGAGUGCGAGAGGUUAGACGAGAAAGUCAGCAGCCUCCUAAAACGCAACGGAAAGCUAGAAAGCGAAGCCGACAUUUUGUGGUCAGAACUUUCCUGCCUGGAGGAGCAAGCUGAGAUGCUCAUCAGCGACAACAAACAUUUUCAACAGCUAGCUGAGAACUUAAAACAGGCACGACAAUGCCUCGAGGAGGAGUUGAAGACUCAGCGCGAGCAGCACGUCAAGGCCACCAAGGAGAUGGAGAAAGAGCACUGCACUGCGCUGGACGAAGCGGCCAAGUGUGAGGCAGCACUAUCAGCGCUGAAGACAGACCACUCCCAGCUGUCGGAUAACUAUAACCACAUUGUAUACAGACACAGGAACCUGCAGGAAGAGUUUCACGCGGCAGCCCAAGUGAAACGCAGUUGGGAGGACAGGUGCGCUCAGCUCACAAAAGAGUGGGCAACAGCCAGACGAGAUAUCGCAGUCUUCGCGGAGCAGCAGGGCGCCGUGGGACAAAAGACCAUGCAGGAGCUGCAAGAGCUGUGGCAAGCAAAUCAGCAGUUGCAAGAACGCUUUCGCCUGCUCAAAGACAAGCAUCUCAAUGCUGAAGAACGGUUGGUACAGGCGCCAAACCAAAAAGUGGAGGCCUCGAUGGAACAUGUCACCGAGGGCACAGGGGGUACAGCGAGAACUUUGGAGGCACCAGCAAGCCGAGUCGAAAUAGAGGAACUCUUCCGGUGGUACGAGUCCCUUUUGAAACAGUCUCGUGCCGAGGAGAACAAGUGA